AUGUUUUUUUUUUUUAGCGGCUGGUCAACAGACGGAUGUCGUGCAGAAUUCUGGAAUUCCACGCACACGCAGUGUUCGUGCGAUCACUUGACGCCCUUUGCAGUGCUAGUGGACGUUAACGACGUUACCCUGGAACAUGGGCAUUUUGUCGCAUUGACAGUCAUCACGAUCGUCGGCUGUGUCGUCUCCAUCGUCGCUCUCGUCGCCGCUGUGCUGACGUUCGCCUUUAUGCCGUCACUCAAGGCACGUUGCGACAGAACAACUAUUCACAAGAACCUGUGCAUUUGUCUCCUGGUGGCCGAAGUGAUUUUCCUCGCCGGGAUUGACGCCACUUCGCACCGAGUGCUUUGUGGGGUUGUUGCCGGUCUCCUUCACUACUUUUUCCUCGCUGCAUUCUGCUGGAUGUUUUGCGAGGGUUUCCAGAUUUACGUUUUGCUAGUGGAAGUGUUCCAGAGCGAGCGGAAACGAGUCGGGUUGUAUUAUUGGGCUAGUUACGGACUGCCGCUUGUCGUUGUCGGAGCGGCGGCGGCCGUGGACGCCGAAAGUUAUGGGACGCCGGCGCACUGCUGGCUCCGCACCGACAACUACUUCGCCAUGAGCUUCUUCGGUCCAGUGUUGCUUGUUAUUGCGUGCAACCUUGUGUUUCUGGCCAUGGGCGUGUUUGUAGUCUGUCGUCACUUCUCCGUGUCGGCGAGUUCCAAGGAGCAAACACGGCUGUCAGCACACGGGCAAAGACUGCAAGGAGCACUCGCAAUGGUAGUUUUGCUCGGGCUGACUUGGACGUUCGGUUUCAUGCAUGUCAACGAGAAGACGUUCGUAAUGGCUUACGUCUUCACCAUUCUCAAUUCUCUGCAAGGAUUCUUCAUUUUCUACUUCACUUGUCUGCGGAACGAGAAGUCAGAAGACAACAUUGCGGUGUCUCGAGAAAAAAUGGCUUUGUUUAUUGCCGCUGUUUGA